UUCCAUACAGACAGCAAUACACGAUGACUUCAUAAAAUUCUAAUUCUAGUUCUAAUUCUAAAUUCUUGAUGAUUCCUACCAGUCAGUGGUAAAGCUGCUUCGGUCUUUCACUCCUCAACAAAGGACAAACCGCCUGCGUGUUAACAUGGACUUCAGGGUGAAACUUUUCCUCGAGUGUCCUCCGGUUUGCUUGUUGUCUAGAAAAGCUGAAAAGACUCACGCAGCCCAGCCAGGAGACACCAAAUUGUCGUGGAAAUUAGACAACACUCGCAGACUCCUCCUCUGAAGGAAGCCACUCCUCAUUUCAGAGAAAACGAAGCUCAAAGUUCAGUGCAAUCUCUCUCUCUGCGUUUGAGUUCAGGAAAAUGGCCGAGGCCAGUAUUUCAGUAGAUCAGCUUUCAGUGCAUCAGUUCAGCUGUCCAGUGUGUCUGGAUCUCCUGAAGGAUCCGGUGGCGAUCCCCUGUGGUCACAGUUACUGUAUGUUGUGUAUUAAUGACUACUGGGAUCAGGAAGAUGAGAGCAGAGUGUAUCGCUGUCCUCAGUGCAGAGACACUUUCACUCCGAGGCCUGUUCUACGCAGAAACAUCAUGCUGGCUGAAGUGGUGGAGAAACUGAAGAAGACUGAAGUCCAAGCUGCUUCUCCUGCUCACUGUUACGCUGGACCUGGAGAUGUGGAGUGUGAUUUCUGCACCGGGAGAAAACACAAAGCCGUCAAGUCCUGUCUGAUGUGUCUGGCUUCCUCUUGUGAAACUCAUUUAAGACCUCAUCUUGAAAUUCCUGGUUUGAAAAAGCACAAGUUGGUCGAAGCUUCUAGAAAUCUACAAGAGAAGAUCUGCUCUGAGCAUGAUAAAGUGCUGGAGAUCUACUGUCGUACUGACCAAAGCUUCAUCUGUUAUCUGUGUAUGACGGAUGAACACAAAAGCCACGACACCGUCUCAGUUAAAGCGUACAGAACUGAAAAACAGAGAGAGUUAAAGGAGGAGCAGAUGAAAUCCCAGCAGAGAAUCCAGGAGAAGCAGAAGAAGGUGCAGAAGCUGAAACAGACUGUGAACACUAUAAAGCUCAGUGCACAGACAGCAGUGGAGGACAGUGAGAGGAUCUUUACUGAGAUGAUCGGCUCCAUGGAGAAAAGGCGCUCGGAGGUGACGGAGCUGAUCAGAGCUCAGGAGAAGGCUGAACUGAGUCGAGCUGAACGACUCCUGGAACAACUGGAGGAGGAGAUCGCUGAUCUUCAGAGGAGAGUCACUGAGCUGAAGGAGCUUUCACACACACACGAUCACCUCCACUUCCUCCAGGAAAUAAAGGUUUUAGUCUCCGGUCGUCGCUCUCCCCCAACUAUUAGACCAGAUGAUCAGUCUGAUCUCCGUGAGGACUCACGCAGCAUCACUGUCAAUCAACAUCUCUCAUUUGAUGGAGUGAGGAAAUCUCUCUCUGCUCUGAAAAAGAGGCUCAAGGAAUUCUGCCAGGAGGAAUUCAUCAGAAUCCAUAAACAUGUUAAAGACAUUCAGAUUAUUUUCUCAGAGUCAAAGAGCAUAGGCGAGUUUCUGAAAUAUUUCUGUGAUCUGACUCUGGAUCCCAACUCAGUAAAUUAUAACCUCAUUCUUUCUGAGAAGAACAGAGUGGUGAAGUACAGUGUGAGAAAUCAGCAGUACUCUGAUCAUCCAGAGAGAUUUGACUUCUACUAUCAGGUGUUGAGUAAGGAGAGUGUGUGUGGACGCUGUUACUGGGAGGUGGAGUGGAGCGGGGGUGUGUCCAUAUCAGUCUCAUAUAAAGACAUCAGCAGGAAAGGAUGGGGUAAUGAGUGUUGGUUUGGACGCAACGAUCAGUCCUGGAGUCUAUCUUGCUGUUGUUCUUCUGCUCUCACUUUUAGUCACAACAACAUUGAGACUGAUCUCGGAGUUCCAUCACCCUCCAGAAUAGGAGUGUAUGUGGAUCACAGUGCAGGAACUCUGUCCUUCUACAGCGUCUCUGACACGAUGAAGCUCCUCCACAGAGUCCACACCACAUUCACUCAGCCUCUAUACGCUGGAUUUAGGCCCUACUGGGAUUAUAUCUCUAAAUCAGAACCAACUGUGAGGUUGUGUGUUCCAACAAAAUAAUGAUUUGAGGUGUUUUAUGGUCAGUAAUUUGUCAGUAAAUCAAACUCGGCCUAAGAUCAUCAGUUACACAUAUAAAGGAAAUGAAAGUGUAAGAUCUGAAUGUAUUCCCAAUGACGUAUAAAAGUUCUACUGAUUUCUGAAAUUAGUGAAGUGAAAUGCCUAAACUCUCUAUAAAGUCUGUAUUUAUUGGGUUUUAUGUCUGGAAAUAUAAUAAUUUGUAAUAUGGUAAUAAUGUUUUGGUUAAACUUUUUACAGACUCUAAUAACCGCUUAAUAAAUGUGUAUGUACAGCUCAGAAAUAUUUCAUUACUAAUAACCUGUUUUAGUCCUAAGAGAAAUUUGGGUUGUUGUCACGUGAGCUGCGAACUUUGCUGUCAGCCAUUUUGAUUCCCUACACGCCUCUGUGCAAACAGUGCCAACUUGUGUAGAGUUUAAACUGUAAAUAUGCCAAUCUGUGGUGUGUCUAGAUGUUCCCAUCGACCAGGUGGACUAAGCAUGGCAGACCAUGCUGCUGAAACUCA